AAAGAGAAAUAAAAACAGAGCCAACAAACGAAAGAGAAAAGUAAAAACCUCAUAAACAAAACAAAUCCCAUUUUCAGUGUAUCUUUCUCUAAUCUAACAAAAUCCUCUUUUCUGGGUUUUCUUCUUUUCAUUUCCUUUUCUUCUUGUGUUUCAUUUUUCAAGAUUACAGAACUCGUCUGUUUUUCUUAAUGGAAGGUGAUUAUAUAGGUUUAUCAGUUGGAAUUCCAUCAAUGGAGAUUGGUGAGAAGAAGAAUAAGAACAUAAUCUACUCAUCUUCUUCUUAUUAUUCAACUGUUACUACUAGUAACCAAAUUGGGUUUGAUGAUAAUGUUAAAGAAACAGAGCUUAGACUUGGUUUACCUGGUUCUAAAUCUCCUGAGAGAAAAUCAGGAGUUGAUGGGGUUUCUUCAUUUUUAGGUGGGAAAGUGAAUUAUGGGUCUGGGUUUAAAAGAGGUUUCUAUGAUUCCAUUCAUAAUGGUUCUGAUGAGAAAUGGAUUUUCUCUAAUUUAGCUCAGAACUCUGGUUCAGUGAAAGAUGACAUGGUUCCACCAUUGCAGAAGCUUGCCCAGGAGAAGAAGCAAACUCAGAGUUCUUCAGCCAAGUCACAGGUUGUAGGAUGGCCGCCAAUUCGAUCUUUUCGGAAGAAUACAAUGGCUACUAAUCCAGGUAAAGACAGUGAUGAAGCUCGAAGCGAUUCGGAUUUGGGAUGUUUGUAUGUCAAAGUGAGUAUGGAUGGUGCUCCAUACUUGAGGAAAGUUGAUCUCAAAACUUAUUGCAACUAUGUGGAACUCUUCUCCGGGUUGGAGAAGAUGUUCAGCUGCUUUACCAUUGGGCAGUGCGGUUCUGAUGGCGUCCCGGGCAAAGAUGUGAUGAGUGGAAGUAAAUUGAUGGAUCUUCUCCACGGCUCUCAACAUGUACUCGCAUAUGAAGACAGGGAUGACGACUGGAUGCUCGUUGGAGAUGUUCCUUGGGAGAUGUUCAUUAACUCGUGUAAGAGGCUCAGGAUCAUGAAAGGUUCAGAGGCAAUUGGUUUAGCUCCGAGGGUCAUGGAGAAAUACAAGACCGGGAACUAGUGUUGGAUGAAGCCACUGCCAGCAAACAUGGGAGAUCUUGAAAAUCUUAAAUAGGGUCGAGGAAAUAUGCAUGUGAAGUUGGUGUUGGUGACACUUUCAAGAAUCCGUGAGCUCGGAGUUUUUCUUAGUCCUAUACGUUUUAGAUAAAUUGUUUGUUUGUUGUAGUAAUUUAUAAACCGGAAACUUCCUAUUAGGCAGAAUACAUCCAAUAGAUAAAUCAUCUAGGUGGCUUAGGUUUCUCUUCCUGUAUUUGUUUGUGUUUCCUUUUAGCAAUGUACAUAUAUGUUUUGUGUGGUGUUAGAGUCAGGUUUAUCUUGGUUGAACAAAUCAAUCAUGACACUCACCUCUCAAAUUGGAGGUCGAAUGCUUGACAAUAGAUUUUUUAACCUGG